AUGUUAGAAUUUUCAAAAAUUGCUAAAAGAUGUAACGGCACACCAUUAAAUAACAGAAGAGAUUGUUAUUCAAUGGAUAAUGGAUUCAAUGUUAUUCCUGAUAACAUGGCCCAAUGUGACAACGAAAUUUUCGACGCAGAUGCAACCAGUUUAGUGGCAGUAAAGCAGAGGAUGAAUGAAACAAAGGAAAUUUUAAGUGAUUUCAAGAACAGAAGAGAGCCAGGAAAAAAGAGGAAUGAAUACAUCAAACAGUUGAUAACGGAUCUCUGUUUUUGCUACGGCUACAAUGAAUUUCUCAUGAUCAAGUUGUUUGAUUUGGUCCUAGAUGAAAUUGUUUAAUAUCUCGAGGCAGCUAACAUGCCCAGGCCAGAAGCCACCAGAACCAACACUCUAAAAACAAAGAGAAGAGAUUUUAUUAAAGCUUUGAUCAACAGAGGUGUUGAUGACAGGAUUUCAUCGAGGUCUCCUCGAAAAAAAUAUGAGAAAAAACACUAAUGGUAUCUAUGACGAUGAUGAUGACGACAAUAGACACGACACUUCUGAUGUUGCUGUCAUCAUCAACAACGAUAAUGACUAAUGACGACGAUGAUGGUAAAGUCAUUGCUGAUAAUAAUAAUAUGUACAAUGAUGGUAAUAAUUACCGCAACCGUAUUAAUAAUGAUAAUAGUUAUGGUAAUAAUAAGGAUAGUAAUAGUGAUAAUGGUGUUUGCAACUUUAACUUGUGUGAUGAAAGGCAAAGUUAAUCGACAAAUACGUCGGAGAAAGUGAGAGAAACAUAGGAUCCUUGUUUCAAAAAGAGCAAAAGAAUGCUCACCCUUUUUGGAUAUUUUUGAUGAAAUUAAUUCAAUCAGUGGCGGUGAAACGAAAGGAGUACGAUAACUACUGACCGUGUUAGAUGGUGUGUUUGUGAUAGUCGCAACUAUUUGAUCCUGCCUUUUAAGGGGUAACCUUCUUUACAUUGGUCUUCCGUCAGCUGAAGGCAGGCUGGAGAUUCUGCGGAGUAUUACGAAAAAUGGAACAAUACCAAAAAUGGCGAGUGACGUUUGUUUGGAAGUCGUAGCAAAUGAUGAAUAGAUGAAAUGGAUUGACUGUGGCUGAUCUUUCUGAAUCGGUAGAUUUGGCGACGAUAUCUACCUGUAAGUCAAAUUAUUUUGACAAUGUUGUCGAAAUAAUCGUGACAUGAAAAGAUUUUAAAAAUGCUCUUUCUCAAAUUCGACCUUCUCUUUCUUCGGGCGAUUUAGAAAGUUACGAAAAUGUAGCCCGACAAUUUAACUUAAAAAAUUUUAGACAAUAAACAAUAAUUUUAUAAUUUUGUUAAAAAUUUUAUUCUAAUGUGGUUAAUUUAAAAAACAUAGCUGUGGCGAUGAUUUUAUUUCAAAGUUGUUUAAAGAUUUCUUGAACUUUUGCCUUUAUUUAAAUCUGGGGUUCGUCCUGUUAACGGUUACCGUCCUAUGUUUAGUAUUUUCUAGUAUAUCUAAAUUAAUUGAAAAGUUUAUUUUAAAUUGCCUCAAUGAAUUUUAUAAUUUUUGUCAUGUAAUCUGUUUUAACCAGUAUAGUUUUUGCGAUGAAUUGUCAACUGAGUUGGCUGUUAUUAUGUUUUUAAUUAUAUGUAUCUUUCACAGUUGAAUCAAAAAAUACGCCGUAGCUGUUUUUCUUGAUCUUUGUCAAGUUUUCGAUUCUUUAGAUCAUAUUUUUAUGUGCGACUUAUAUUCCUUCGGUAUUCGUGGUUUGGCCUAUAAAUGGUUUUCUUUUCACCUUUAUAAUUAAUUUCAAUAUGUCUAUAUUAAUGAUUCUAAAUCUCAGUUGUCUCCUAUUAAAUCUGGCGUUCCCCAGAGUUCUAUUCUAGGAUUUUUACUUUUCAAUAUAUAUAAAAAUGUUUUAAUUAAUUCAUCUAAUAUUUUAAAGUUUCAUCUGUUUGCUGAUGACACUACUCUUUUUACCCCCAUUCUGAUAUCAAUAUUUUAGUCAAUGUCAUCAAUGAUGUAAUUGUGUUUUUUUUUUUCAAGGAUUGGGUGGUAUCUAAUACUGUCUGGGGUUCGACUCCUGUACCUCAUCUUCAUAUUUUGACCCUAGCUCAGAUUUUUUCUUCGUAUUCUGUUCAAAUUACAUAAAUUUGAUCAUAUUACAUAAAUUUGAUUAUUUACAUCGUAUUCUUAUAUAGCAAAUAUUAAUAUAAACCAAUUGUGCACAUGCUAUU